UUCAACUAUAACUACACGCCUUAAUUCCAUAUACCAUAUAAAUCCUGCAUAAUUCUCUCUUUUGUGUUCAUCCAUGGCUUUCACCGAUGCCGAGAAGCAAAAAAGUUUCGACAAAGAAAUCAAAGAACUCAUCUCUUCGCUCACAACUCGAGUAUCGAGUAUUCAGAAAAAUGGAGAGGAUUCAACCCAACAUAAUACGCAGGACGACGACGAUGGAUUGAGGAUCAUCACGUUAGCCGGUACCAACCUCGGAGCCACCAUGCGCGGCGACAUGGACGAGAAACCUGCAGUUCCACAAGGUAUCGCAUUGGGAGGCUCUGAAGAGUUGACUACAUGUGUGAACAGUAAUUUUCAAGCUAUUAACAACUCGAUAAUGCUCGGUGGUAGUUAUAAUACGAAUGAUCCGGGUGUUCAUUUGGACAUAUCGGAGUCCAUGGAUGACCAUGCACAUCACAUCAAGCGUGGGAAGAAGGCAAAGAAGAGUGGAAAGGAAGGCUCCAUAAGUGACCGUCAUUCGGACUAGCUUGAUAUAUACAUAUAUAUAUUCUACUUAUAUUUGUAAUUGCAUCAACUUCAUAUUUCCUUUUCGAAGAGUCUAUUGUGCCUUAAUUUGAUGCAUGCUGCAAUAAAACUACGUAAAAGAAUACAUUUAUAUUGUGUUUUGACGUUCUAUUGUAAGAGAAAUGGGUCUCGAGAGUUUGGUGAGGCCCUCUCUGUCCGUUUGCAAUGUUGUACCCUAUAUCACUGGAUAGUCGACUUCCCUGCUUGUUAGGUUUGUCAUCGUCAAUACUGCUUUCGUUCCAUUUGUAGUGGCUUGAGUAAUUGCAUAUUUGCACUCAUAAUAUGUGCCACAAUUAGUCAAUGAGAGUCGUGUAUUUAGUUAAAUCAAAAAGUUAUAUUCUGCGUCACUA